GGCGUGUGUCGCAAUGACAAAAUAAAACCUUCGCAAAGCCCAGACCGAGGUCUCGUCCCGACAUCCGAAGGGUGAUGGCCACCGCUUUCAAAGUCUCCUUCUCUUUUCUCCCCUCGAGCAAAUCUCCCCGCGUCUCUUUUCCUCGGCCCUCCUUCCAGACUGUCUCUGCCCCCAAAUCCCUCUCCACCAUGGCUUCUCUUAGCGUCGCCCCGACGGUUGGGAUCUCCGAGACCUUCUCCCGGUUGAGGGAACAAGGAAAAGUUGCAUUUAUACCUUUCUUAACUGCUGGUGAUCCUGAUUUGUCAACAACCUCGAAAGCAUUGAAAGUUCUUGAUUCUUGUGGUUCAGACUUGAUAGAAUUGGGCAUACCCUACUCUGAUCCUUUAGCAGAUGGACCUGUUAUCCAGGCUGCUGCUACGCGUGCCCUAGCAAAAGGAACCAACUUUGAUGCAGUUAUAUCCAUGUUAAGGGAGGUAGCACCUCAACUGUCUUGUCCAAUAGCUCUGUUUACAUAUUACAAUCCAAUACUAAAGCGUGGAGUUGAGAAGUUCAUGUCUACGAUAAAAAAUGCUGGUGUACAUGGACUUGUGGUGCCAGAUGUUCCUUUAGAGGAGACUAAAACUUUAAGGAGUGAAGCUGUUAAAUAUAAUAUUGAGAUGGUUCUGCUUACAACACCCACAACUCCAACAGAAAGAAUGAAAGCCAUCGUAGAAGCUUCAGAAGGUUUCAUAUAUCUUGUGAGCUCUGUUGGAGUUACAGGUGCCCGUUCAUCAGUUAGUUCACGUGUUCAACAUCUCCUACAGGAACUUAAAGAGGCGACAACGAAACCUAUUGCAGUUGGCUUUGGCAUAUCGAAACCAGAACAUGUGAAGCAGGUAGCCGGAUGGGGAGCAGAUGGCAUAAUUGUUGGUAGUGCAAUGGUGAAGCUUCUUGGGGAGGCAGAAUCCCCUGAAGAAGGAUUGAAGGAACUAGAAGCCUUCGCAAAGUCCUUGAAGGCUGCACUCCUUUCAUAAAUAAUUACUUCUGAGGAACGGUAACAUGCCUGCUCUUGGUCUAGAGUGUUGUGGAAACAUGAUGCGAGGGAGCAUCAAAUUUCAGUGAAGGAUAUGAAUGUUUCCAUUGGGAUGUUCCAAACUAUCGACAAAUUUUUGCUCCAAUAUUAAUAUUUUACAGAUUCAGAUAAGGUUGGUCCUGA